UGUCAGCAGUGUUAUGUGAAGUUGUUUAAUCUGUUUAUGUUAUUCAGGAAAAAGCACAAUUUAGACUGCUGAAGGAGCAGACAGUCACGCGCCAGUGCUGUGACAGGCAGUGUGAGUGUCAGUUUCAUUACAGUUAACGUUACGCGAGUAGCUAGCUUGCUAGAUAUUCUCUUUUCUGAACACAUUGAUUUUGUGUCAGGUCGAGCAAGAAAACUGUUAAGAUAGGAGGCUAAAUGGCAGACGUUGGACCGUGUGUCAUUCAUUAAAGGUUUGACGUUUUUCCAGUGAACAUUUUAAGUCAACAAGUCAGCUGAAGAUGGCCAGCAGGAAUGCCAGUGAGAGCACCCCUCUUUUGGACAGCAGCUCGGUGACUGUGAACAGGCCUGUGUCAGUGUUCCAGGGCAGAAGACUGGCAUGUGCGACUAUUCUGCUGGCAGAAUCAUUGGAACGAGUGGCAUUCUAUGGCAUCACUUCCAACCUGGUCCUUUUCCUCAACAGUAGCCCAUUUUAUUGGGAGGGAACUCAGGCCAGCCAGGCACCACUGAUGUUCAUGGGGGUUACAUACCUGAUCUCACCAUUUGGUGGCUGGCUGGCUGAUGCAUAUCUGGGAAAGUUCUGGACCAUUGCUGGCAGUUUGAUCCUGUACUUUCUUGGCAUACUGUUUUUCCCUUUUAUCGCAAGUACAGACUCCCAGAAUACCCUGUGUGGUGAUGAAAUGGCAUUUCCAGUGCAACCAGCUGAAUGUUUGAGCACAAACGGUACCCUUCCAAGCAAUGUGACCUGCCCCACACGGGCACCUUACUGUGGGCCAGUGAUCUACACUGCCCUUGUUCUCAUUGCCCUUGGUGUGGGAACAGUGAAAUCAAACAUCACUCCAUUUGGGGCAGACCAGGUAAAAGAUCGUGGCCCAGAGGCCACUCGCAGGUUCUUCAACUGGUUCUACUGGUGCAUCAACCUAGGAGCCAUCUUGUCCCUAGGUGGCGUGGCUUACAUCCAGCAGAACAUCAACUUCCAGUUGGGGUACAUCAUCCCAGCUGUGUGCCUGGGUGUCUCCUUCCUGGUGUUCCUGCUGGGGCGCACAGUCUUCAUCAACAAGCCAGCUGACGGUAGUGCCUUCACUGAUAUGUUCAAGAUCCUGGGUUACGCCUGCUGCACUGCACAGCCCAAAGAGCCCAACCUGCUACGGGCUAAACCGACCAUGCUGGACGGUGCCAAGGUGACAUAUGGAGGGAGAUUCCCAGAGGAGAAGGUGGAGGAGGUGAAAGCAAUGCUUAAAGUUCUCCCGGUGUUCUUUGCUCUUAUCCCAUACUGGACUGUAUACUUUCAGAUGCAGACAACAUAUUUCCUCCAGAGCCUACAUCUAAGGAUUCCUGACACCAGUACAGGCACCAACAGUAGUGACGGAACCCUCCAGAUCACAUUCCGCUUCCCUGCCGCCUGGCUGACAAUGUUCGACGCAGUGCUUAUUCUCAUGCUGAUCCCCCUUAAGGACAAAGUGGUGGACCCCAUCCUCAAACGCAGAGGCCUGCUGCCCUCCUCCCUCAAGAGGAUCGCAGUUGGGAUGUUCUUUGUCAUGUGGUCAGCUGUAGCGGCUGGUAUACUGGAGACAAAACGACUUGAGAUCAUCAAAUCUAAUGGCACCAUUGACCAGGUCUUUGGCGAUGUCAUCUACUACGCAGCAGAUCUGCCCAUAUGGUGGCAGGUGCCUCAGUAUGUGCUCAUCGGAAUCAGCGAAAUCUUUGCCAGCAUCGCAGGUCUGGAGUUUGCCUAUUCAGCCGCCCCCAGGUCCAUGCAGAGUGCCAUCAUGGGACUGUUCUUCUUCUUCUCUGGGAUUGGUUCCUUCGUGGGCUCCGGCCUACUGGCCAUCGUCUCCCUCAAGGGGAUUGGCUGGAUGUCCUCCCACAAGGACUUUGGUAACAUCAAUGACUCCCAGCUCAACUACUACUUCUUCCUGCUAGCUGGGAUCCAGUGUGUUACCCUGCUGGUCUUCCUCAUCGUGUCGGUCAAAUAUGACAAACAGAAGAGUAGUAGAGCAGGAAGCCAAAGGCUGGGUAUCACUCCCUCUUGACCCCAGGACUGAUCCAUGUCCAUCUGACUUCACCCGACCUGCCUUAGUGCAUAGUGGUUCGUGCCAAACACCUCUGUGAUUUGGAAUGGGAUAGAGUUUUUAUUUUUCCUCAAUAAGUUUGUAAGACUAUUACAUUUUAAGGCAACAAAAAAUACGUACCAGUCAAAAGUUUGGACACACCUACUCAUUCAAGGGUUUUUCUUUAUUUUUACUAUUUUCAACAUUGUAGAAUAAUAGUGAAGACAUCAAACUAUGAAAUAACACGUAUGAAAUCAUUUAAUUUAGUAACCAAACAAGUAUUUAAACAAAUAUUUUAGAUUCUUCAAAGUAGCCACCCUUCGCCUUGAUGACAGCUUUGCACACACUUGGCAUUCUCUCAACCAGCUUCACCUGGAAUGCUUUUCCAACAGUCUUGAAGGAGUUCCCACACAUGCUGAGCACUUGUUGGCUGCUUUUCCUGCAAUCUGCGGUCCAACUCAUCCCAAACCAUCUCAAUUUGGUUGAGGUCGGGUGAUUGUGGAGACCAGGUCAUCUGAUGCAGCACUCAUCACUCUCCUUCUUGGUCAAAUAGCGCUUACACAGCCUGGAGGUGUGUUGGAUCAUUGUCCUGUUGAAGAACAAAUGAUAGUCUCACUAAGUGCAAACCAGAUGGGAUGUCGUAUCGCUGCAGAAUGCUGUGGUAGCCAUGCUGGUUAAGUGUGCCUUGAAUUCUAAAUAAAUCACACAGUGUCACCAGUAAACCACACCCAGACCAUCACACCACCUCCUCCAUGCCUCAUGGUGGGAACCACACGUGGAGAUCAUCCGUUCACCUACUAUGUGUCACACAAAGACACAGUGGUUGGAAUCAAGAAUCUCAAAUUUGGACUCAUCAGACCAAAGAACCGAUUUCCAACGGUAUAAUGUCCAUUGCUUGUGUUUCUUGGCCUAAGCAAGUGUCUUAUUUUUAUUGGUGUCCUUUAGUACUGGUUUCUUUGCAUCACUUCGACCAUGAAGGCCUGAUUCACGCAGUCUCCUUUGAACAGUUGUUGAGAUGUCUGUUACUUGAACUCUGAAGCAUUUAUUUGGGCUGCAAUUUCUGAGGCUGGUAACUAAUGAACUUAUCCUCUGCAACAGAGGUAACUCUGGGUAUUCCUUUCCUGUGGUGGUCCUCAUGAGAGCCAGUUUCAUCAUGGCGCUUAAUGGUUUUUGCGACUGCGCUUGAAGAAACUUUCAAAGUUCUUAAUCUUCUGGAUUGACUGACCUUCAUGUCUUAAAGUAAUGAUGGACUGUCAUUUCUCUUUGCUUAUUUGAGCUGUUCUUGGCAAGAUCUUUUACCAAAUAUGGCUAUCUUCUGUAUACCACCCAUACCUUGUCACAACACAACUGAUUGGCUCAAACAGAUUAAGAAGGAAAGAAAUUUGAUAGAUUAACUUAACAAGGCACACCUGUUAAUUGAAAUGCAUUCCAGGUGACUACCUCUUGAAGCUGGUUGAGAGAAUGCCAGAGUGCGUAAAGCGACGUCAAUGCAAUGUGUGGCUACUUUGAAGAAUCUGUUAACAUUUAUUUGGUUUGUUUAACACUUUUUUUUUUUGCUUACUGCAUGAUUCUAUAUGUGUUAUUUCUUUAUAGUUGGGAUGUCUUCACUAUAAUUCUACAAUGUAAAACAUGAAGAAAAGCCCUUGAAUGAGUAGGUGUGUCCAAACUUUUGACUGGUACUGUACAUUUACUGUACACUCACACAUCCUCACAUGAGAACAAGUUCAUCUUAAUGUUUAUUUAUUGUAUAGUAACCUUAUUUAAGUGAUCAUUACUGUGUCUGAACCUGUUCUAUCUGCAGAGGUCAGGUUGCCCUUGAAUACGAAUGGUGUAAUUUAUAAUCAUUUAAACCAAUUAUUUAAUGUAAGCUGCUCAAAUAACUUACUCCUGGUGUCAGAUAAGUAUGGCAUUAUACAACUGAGUGGCCUUUUCACUCUGAUCAUAGAUCAAUGAACAAUUUAAAACAAACCCCCCAGACACACCACUUUGAAAAACCUUAGAGGCUUCAUUGACUUGUUAUUGACUGAUCCGGUUUGUACUUGUUUGUUUGCUCUUAAAGCCUUUCUUCUAGAGGAAUUGUGCCAUAUUCAGACUGUAUUGAACAUUACUCAAAAUUGUGAUUAGGGCCUUGGUGUUUGACAUUUGCUAUAUAGCUUCUUUUUUUUAUAUAUUUUUUUUUACUUGUGGUUAUGAUUGACAUGUAUGGGUUAAAUAGAACAGGGGCUUUUACUAACCAUGGUACUAUGUAUUCCGUCUCAUAAUUUUGAACAAUGUCAUGCUGUUCAUAUAUACAUACACUUUGUUUUCAGAUCUAGAGUUGCUUCAAUAUUGAAGGUAUUUAUUGAAUUACAUUUGUCUGCUAAAUCCAUAAAUAAGGCUUAGACUUUUCCACUAUGCAAUGAUUUUAAAUCACUAUUUUAAUCUGAUUACAGAAAAAAACAAUUAUAUAUUAAAUGGAUAUAGUGCCAGCUGUUUCAACUUGUAUACCAUUUUGGUUUAUUUACCAUAAUUUACUCCUAGACUAACCACCCCUAGCCUGCAAAAGCACAACAUGGUGUUCAUGAAACGGGAUGUUCUGGGUCGUUCCACCAAUUUGGUGCCUUUUGGUGUCGUUCCCAGAACACCAUUAUUACAUUACCUGGAAACCUAAUAAGAACCGUAGGGGAAUGUUCUGUGGUGGUUGUUACAGCUAUUGUGCACACGAGUUUAAGGAAUGUUUGGAGGACAUUUCAUUUAAAACAUUUUCUGAAAAACAUUAUUUGAAUGUUUUUGGGAUGUUAUCCUAAUGUUCGAUAAACCACUUAAACUUAAUGGGAAUGUUCGCUAAUGUCCUGGAAAUGUUCCAGGUUUUCUGAGUGUUUUGUUAAACAGCAAGAUCCACAAUGUAUUUUUGUCUGACCCAACAAGUUUUUUUUUUUGUGGGAGUGAUCUGCAUUUUUGCUUUAUCUAGACUUCAGUGCAAGAAGUGAAAGCUGAAAGUAAAGGUAUUUUAUAAACCAAAAUCCACUCCGGGCUCAAGGGAUGUGGAAUAAUGAAUUAUUAAAGACUACCAAUACAAUUGUUCAGAAGUGUUAGCAUACUACUUUGAGAUUUUAUUACAUAGCUGUUUACAGAUUUAUCAGGUAUGUGGCUUGAGUUUACCUUUAGCUAUCACAUUGGAACCACUUACUAACUCAAUGACAGUGGCUGAAAACAACCAUUUUUGUUAUUAUAGUGUUUGUUGGUUGAAUUGUGUGUUUUUGUGGUUUGUUAUUUUUGCCAUUAAAAUCUAUUACAAUCCUUUAAA